AUACCACUGAAAAAUAUGAUUGUAUUUACUGUGAGAAAAUUAUAAUGGUUAUGUUAUUACAAAAAAUAUAUGAAUUAGUAUUAAUACCAUAAUCAUAAAAAAAAUUGUAUCAUUAUUUUGAACUAUCACCAGUGUUAUCAUUGGAUUGGAUUCAAGUUAUCAAGCAUGACUCCAGAAAAAGAAAACAAGAGGUAUUAAACGAUUUAUUUUUCAAUGAAGUUAUGUCUGAGAUUGAACAAAAAGCGAUUCAUUUGCAAAAUAAAAGUUUCAAAUUUAAUAUAAACUUUAUAAUAUGUUUUGAAUAUAAACUAAUACCGGUAUUUGGUGUUUCUUGUGCUUACCAUUUAAAUUAGCAUUAAUGAUAAGGAAGAAUCGUUUAUGAAUUAAGAAAAUGAAUCUUGCGCAAAAUAUUUUGAAAAGCGGCAAAUCCGUAAGUCUUUCCAGCAAUGUCAUCGCGUUGAAAUAUAAUGUACCUGGUUGCGGUUACGCAGGCGCAUCGCAGACAUCAAGAAUCGAUGAUUUAUCCGAUAUCUCGAAAUCCACAGAUGGCGGGAAUCGAUCGAAGAUAGAAAUCACGGAGAAAUUACGUGACAGAAAUUAUGGUACUGUAGCGGUAGCAACUAGCGGAAGUAUUUUACAGGAAAUGCCAGAACCGCGAGGAAUUCCUGUGUUUGGAACACUUUUUUCAUUCAUUUUAUUUGGGGGUCCAAAAAAACAACAUGAGUACGUUGAUAAAAGGCAUAAAGAAUUGGGUCCUGUUUACAAAGAACGUAUAGGACCAACCACAGCAGUUUUUGUAAAUUCAAUACAUGAAUUUCGUAAAAUUUUUCGACUUGAAGGAUCAACACCAAAACAUUUUCUACCAGAAGCUUGGACACUUUACAAUGAGAUGCGGAAAUGUCGUCGCGGUUUGCUAUUCAUGAAUGGCGAAGAAUGGAUAUAUUUCCGUAAGAUUUUAAACAAAGUAAUGUUAUUACCAGAUCCAACAAAUUUAAUGAUUACACCAUGUCAAGAGGUAGCCAUAGAACUUAAACGAAAAUGGCAAAAACAGAUUAAGACCAAUAAUAUUAUAUCGAAUUUACAAGUUCAACUUUAUCAGUGGUCUAUAGAGGCUAUGAUGGCCACAUUGAUGGGAUCGUACUGGUAUUCUUACAAACAUCAAUUGUCCCGAGAUUUCGAAAUAUUAGCAGAAACAUUGCAUGAAAUAUUUGAAUAUUCAGCUAAAUUAUCUAUAAUACCAGUUAAAUUAGCUAUGAAUUUACGUUUACCUGUUUGGAAAAAAUUUGUUGCAUCUGCUGAUACAGCUUUCGAAAUUGUUCGAAUGUUGGUACCAGAAAUGGCUAAAUUAGGUGGUAAUGGUUUAUUAAAAAAAAUGAUGGAUGAAGGUAUUCGAGCCGAAGACGCAAUCUGCAUUGUUACUGAUUUUAUUUUAGCAGCUGGUGAUACGACGGCAACAACUUUGCAAUGGGUAUUAUUGUUGUUAUGUAAUCAUCCUGAAAAACAAGAAGAAUUAUUUAAACACAUAAAAGAUCUUCCUCAAAAAGAUAUAUUAAGAUUACCAUUAUUAAAAGGUAUAAUCAAAGAAUCUCUUCGAUUAUAUCCUAUAGCUCCAUUUAUAUCUAGAUAUUUACCGGAAGAUAGUGUGAUUGGUAAUUACUUUGUGCCAAAAGGGGAAUUGCUUGUCUUAUCACUUUAUUCGAGCGGUCGCGAUGCUGCGAAUUUUCCACAACCAAAUGAAUUCCGUCCAGAAAGAUGGAUUAGAACGCAAAAAGGUAUUUAUCAAGGCGUAGUACAUCCACAUGCAAGUUUACCAUUCGCUUUAGGAGCUAGAAGUUGUAUUGGUCGAAAACUGGCAGAAAUACAAAUAUCGUUUGCAUUAGCAGAGUUAAUUAAAUCAUUUAAAAUAGAAUGUAUAAAUAAGAAUCAAGUAAAAUUAAUUUUACAUUUGAUUUCUGUACCAUCACAAUCAAUAAAAUUAAAAUUGAUGGAGAGAAAUUAGCUAAUAUAACAAAGUGAAAUAUCAUUUAAUUGUAAAAAUAGUAAAAUACUUUUUUGUUGUUUAUUUUUUUAUUUCCUUCUAUGCAAUAUUUUAUCCAUAUACAUUUAUAUUGAAUAAAAUACAAAUAUUUUCUCCAUUGUACAUACAUAUUUAUGUGUAAAUUAAUUAUUUAUGUUACAAUUAUUAACAUUUAAAUAUAUAUUUUAAUUAAAUGACAUUUAUAAA